AAGGGAUAUUGUUUGAUGUUGAUAGGUCCAACAGCAAACCCUGUGCUAACAAAGCAAUUUGCUCGAACACACAAUACCGAAAUUCUUAGUGGACCUGUGAACCUGGCCGCAUGUCUAGACUUGUCUGACCAGUCUGGCACUGUCACGUUCACCAGCCCCCAACUGUACAAGGUGCGCGGCCGCACGCUGCUGGUACACAUCAAGGCUCUGGCUGCUUCUUCAUCUUCAAUAGGGCAAGAACGGGAGCGGCGAUGGCGCUGGGAACACAAUGGGUUGGGUAGCUCAGUGGACCGGCUGGCCAGCAAUGCUGCAAACAAGAAGAUGGAUCUAACUGGUUGUGACUGGUUACAUGAGAUUUCCAUCACUGUACGAAACGCCAAGCCCACCGACAUACCCAAUGAAAGGGCUGAGCGGUGUGCAAUGUUGGAAUCGGACCCGUUGGUGGAGCGAUUGGUAGAACUGGUGACUGGUGAGAAUGGUGUACAGCAGAGCAUGGCCUUCGAUAUCCUAUUGUGGGUAGUAGCAACCCGCCUGAGCCGACUGAGGCCCUCCCCACCUCAGCAGACAGCCCUUGUGGCAAUCAUCCAGGACCACCUUGGCCCACUUGUCCACAGUUGCUUUGUUCGUGGUGACCGUUCCACCGCCAGGAAAUGUGUUAAACUCAUUGUUCUCUGCAGCGAUGGUAUGAGGAAUAGCCAAGACAGCGGCAAUGUUCAGUCACAGUUUGACACAAGUGUGGUGAAAGCGUUGCUGGAGAGCAUGCAGCAAGUGUGGCAGUGCUGGUCUGCUGGAGCCUUGCGCUGGUACUUCACUAUACUGUCCCGUCUAGUUGCUGGAGACACUGUCGGUCCUGUAGCCCACAAAGCUCUUGGACUGCUAAGGCAGGUGGCAAAGCAUCUCCAUGCCAGGCAGAACCCAUUUCACCUGGUGCUGCAGACAAGGUUUGGUCUGUAUGGCACACCAUUGGAAGCAGAACUGUUUGACCAGGAGCCUCCCGUACCUGCUAAGUGGUCUUCCACUCCCCUGGCAUACACUUCAGUGGCCUACUCACAGGGUGAGGGUUGUGUGUGGAGUGGGAGCAGCCUUGGGACUAGCUCUCAGAGUACUCCUGCUCCUCAACUCCUUGUCGAUGACCUCAGAAAUCUGCUCAACAUGAAAGCAGCAGCCAAACUCAUAGGUGAGGGUAGAAGUUCAAGUUCUCACAGCCAGCUGAGGUGUCUGACAGCUAAUCAUUAUAUGAAAGGCCUACUGGAAGUCCAACCUCUGCACUUCACCUGCCACGCUACCAGCGAUGGAACGAAGCUGGAGAAAAUGGAUUCAGGGGGGGCAGGUGGGCCAUUAAUAAACUACUUUGAAGCUCCACCUAUUUCUCCAAUAUCUCCAAUACUGACCAAUCAGGUGGCCAGUAACGGACCAAAGAAGAUAGUUGAAAAUGAUAUCGACCGUGUGCCAUGGCAGCAACUAGUGAUGACACCACCGCAGCACAUGCUGGUGAUAGAAAGGAUGCACUCGGGGGCUCGCAGGUUCGUCGUGUUAGAUCUGGGUUAUCCGGUCCUGCUCACUGACCUGUUCGUGCCGGCGUGUCCUGACCUGCUCAGCCUGUCCAUCGACCUGUGGACGGUCUCGGAGGAGCAGGAUGCGCAGAGGCUCGUCGUUGCACCGGACAUCACCACCAAGACGCUCAUCAUGAAUGAUAUCCACCCACCACCCGUUGUUAGAUUUAUCAAGAUCACCACGAUAGGAAGGUAUGGCAUGAACACUACCAAGUGUAAAAUACCCAUUGGUUGCUUCUAUGGACAUCUUCUCAUUCUGCCAGGAGAAGACUAUGCAGAAAAAAAUACCCGGAUAGCCAAUAAUCCCAAUCCGCAGAACCAGCUGGGAGUGCUGAAUGCUCUGUUUGAAGACAUUCAAUGUCGUUACUCCUUGGCCUGCUCCAAGCUUCAGGACCUGUUAUCCCCUCUGCUGACUGCUGAGAUAGCUAACGUCUCACACAUGCACCACUGUCUGCGGCGCACUUCAGAGAUGCUCAAACCCACAACACUAAAGAUUACCACAGCCUAUCAGGAAUGUGUGACAUAUCAACAUCAACUGAACAGUGUGCGAAGUGUAAUGAGGCGACUGGGUGCUCACAAAGAAACCACUGACCCAAAGAACAAUCUCUCAUUAGCAUGCACUGACAAGCUCAGGGUUCUGGGUGAGAACCUCCUAGACCUGCUACUUUACUUGGCCUAUGAUGUUGGCUUUGUACCAAAGACUGCACUUUACUCCCUGUAUCAAAAAUUCGACCAGCCAUUGUGUGAGCAGUUGUUUAACUGGCUGUGUGUGGCUGAGGAUACACGGAUGCAGCUCUCUGCCUGCACGCUGCUGGUGCGGAUGUGUGGACUGCAGCCAUGGUGGGGCGAUUUCCUAGUCUCCACUCUCACCUCCCUCUACAGCUCCCGCCAGACUAAUAUCUUCCCCCAAGACAG